AUGGAUAAUCAUAAAACUUCUAUGAUUGUUUUAAUGGAGACAAGGUGUGACCCUUUGAGGAUAAGCACAUUUAUUAAAAGGCUGGGUUUUGACUCUAUUGAAAGUAGUGAGACUAAUGGAUUUGCAGGUGGUAUGUUGGUAGCGUCUAUAUAUGCUCGACCAAAUGAUACUUGUAAGAAGGAUCUGUGGGAAGCGCUGAAAGUUAUUGCUGGUAGUGUCAUAGGUGCCUGGAUGGUGGCUGGAGAUUUUAAUGACAUUGCUUGCAUUGGUGACAAAAAAGGAGGGGUGUCGGCUUCUCUUAAAAGAUGCAAUACUAUGAGGAAUAGAAUGGAUGCUUGUAAGUUCAAUGAUUUGGAAGCCAGAGGUUCCAGAUUCACAUGGAGGGGACCAAUUUUUCAUGGGGGCCAGCGCAUUUAUGAAAAACUGGAUAGAGCGAUUAGUAAUGAUGAUUGGAGAAUUCUUUUCCAUGAUGCCUUUGUUAGAGUGCUAAUGAGAGUUGAGUUCUCGGACCACCAUCCCAUUCUGAUAAACCUGUCGGAGACAAGAUAUGGUUCAGUGACCAAGUGCUUCAGGUUUGAAAAUGCUUGGUUAAUGAAUGAUUCGUAUGAGAAUCUGCUUCGUGAUACUUGGAAGAAGGAUGUUACCUUAACCAAUUAUCUCCAGAAUGUUGUUGAAGGAAUAACCCUUUGGAAGUUUGAUUCCUUUGAUAAGGUUCGAAGAGAUAAACAGAUCAUUAUUAAAAGGCUAGAUGGUAUUCAAUGCAAGCUUCAGAGGCAUGAUAACUAUGGUGGAUUGAGAAGACUUGAAGCCAAGUUGCUGAAUGAGCUUAGCGAGAUUCUUAAUAAAGAAGAACUGAUGUGGUAUCAAAGAUCCAAAACCAUGUGGCUGUCAGAUGGUGAUAGAAAUACCAGGUAUUACCACAUGAGAACCAUAGCGCGUAGAAAAAGGAAUAAAAUCCUGAUGCUGAAAGAUAUCAAUGGAGACUGGAUCACUGACCAAGAUGAUCUAAAAAAUCAUGUUACUGAUUUCUAUAAAGGGCUUUUCGCUUCCAAUAAUUCUUGGUGGAGCUGGAAAGGAUCUGAGAUUUGUUAUCCGAAGUUGGAAGUUGCCACGGUUCAGGAGCUGAACAAGGAUAUCAGUAAUGAUGAAGUUAGGAAGGCUCUCUUCUCUAUGAAACCUUGGAAAGCACCGGGUACUGAUGGCUUUCCAGCUGGUUUCUACCAAAGAGUGUGGAAGGUUAUUCGUGAAGAUCUUACUAAGUUUGUGAAGGAUGUUUGGAGGAAUCAAAUUAUGAUUAGUGAGAUUAAUAAGACUGAUAUUUGCCUGAUCCCUAAAAUAGAUCAUCCUCAAACUAUUGCUCAAUUCAGGCCUAUUUCCUUAUGUAACACUAUCUACAAAGUUAUAAGCAAGGUGGUGGAGUUCAGAAACAAUAGAUGGAAACCUUUUCAGGUUGGUACGAAUGGAGUAGGUAUUACGCACCUCAUGUUUGCAGAUGAUUUACUUAUAUUUGGUGAGGCUUCGGAGCAGCAAGUCAUGUGUGUUAAAAAUACUCUUGAUGUCUUCUGUGAGAUGUCUGGCCAGGAAAUUAGUGAGGAAAAAUCAAGCAUCCUUUUUUCUGAUAAUGUGUCGAAAAGAUUGAGGACAAGUCUUAGGAAUCUUUCUGGUUUCAAGGAGACUAGUGGCUUUGGUAAGUAUCUAGGCGUGCCACUCACUAGAAAAGCUCUUAAGAAGAAUGAUUUCUCCUAUGUCAUGGACCAGAUUUAUUCUAAACUUACUAGCUGGAAGGCGCGACAUCUAUCUUUUGCUGGUAGACUGACUCUCACUAAAAGUGUUAUGGAGGCUAUUCCCAUUUGUCCGAUGAUGACGAAUUUGCUUCCUAAGGCUUGUAUCAAAGACAUCCAAAAGCUGCAAAGGAAUUUUCUUUGGGGAGAUACAGAGGUUAAGAAAAAGCAUCAUGUAGUGAGUUGGGACAAGAUUAUGUUGGAUAAAUGUGACGGUGGAUUGGGUCUCCGAGAUCUUGACAUUAUGAACCAAACGUGCAUCAUGAAACUAGGCAGCAAAAUUAUCAAUGGAGACGAUGAUUUAUGGUGUAAACUGUUGCGGACAAAGUAUAAGGUUGGACCUUGUCGGGAGAACCUCCAGGCUAGAACUUCGGAUUCCAAUUUAUGGAAAGCGAUUGUGAAAACUCAGGAUAAUUUGAGGGAUAUUGGUGUGUGGCAGAUUGGUUAUGGUAAAGAAAUUAGAGCUUGGAAUGAUUAUUGGAUAGCUAAGGAUGUUUGUAUCGAGGAUUGCGAGUUGGAGAUCCCUGAGAAUCUGAAAAAUGCUCACGUCAAGGAUUUAGUAGGGUAUGACGGUAAUUGGGAUUGGGAGCUUCUAAGUUGGCUUCCUAACCAGACUCAGUUGCAAAUUGCUGCUCUCUCCCCCCCUAAGGCUGACAGCGAGGAGGAUGGUUUCUUGGUGGCGAAUAAUGAAGAUGGAACCUUCUCUAUUGGCAAUAUGUAUAAGUAUCUCAGGAGUGCUAAUGACACGGUUAUGUGCAAAACCUGGAAGACAAUCUGGAAGCUUCAAGUGCAAGAGAGAGUUCGAUGCUUUAUUUGGUUGAUUAAUCAUGAGAGAUUGCUAACCAAUUUUCGGAUGCAUACUCUUGGGCUUAGUAACGGGGAGUGUCACCUGUGUGGUCAAGUUUGUGAAACAGAAUUACACAUUCUGCGCGACUGUAAGUUUGCUAGUCGGGUUUGGACGAACAGGGUGCCGGUGAAGAUUGCGAAUGAAUUCUAUAACACUAAUUUGAAGGAUUGGAUAGAUCUCAAUAUUAUGUCGGGUGCCCAAGUAGGUGAGGAUUGGUGCAACUAUUGGGCUGUAGGGUGUCACACAUUAUGGGAAUGGAGGAAUAAGGAUUUGCACAUGGAGAACUUUUCUAGACCGAUUGAGGAAGGGAAGGUUAUCAAUGAUAGAGUCAAAGAUUAUAAAGCUGCUAUUAUGCUAAACACGAAGGUGAUGAAUAGAUGCUAUGAUGAGCUGGAGAUUUUCUGGAAUAAACUGAGGAGAGGGUUUCUGAAACUUAAUAGUGAUGGUGCUUACGGCAGCGAUGGGCUAUCAGGGUGUGGUGGUUGUGUCUGUGAUGAUUCUGGAGUGUGGAUUAUGGGAUUCAGCAAGUUUAUUGAUUUAUCCAGCCCCUUAAAGGCGAAGCUUUGGGGAAUCCUUAUAGGGAUUACUCUGGCCCAUCAGCAUGGCUAUUUGAAACUAGAGAUUGAAUCAGAUUCUCAAAUGGUGGUAAAUCUUGUAAUCAAUGGUAGAUUGAAGAACCGUGGAAAUUGUAGCUUGGUGAGGCAGAUUGUUGCUUGGAUGGAUAAGUUUGAAGUGGUAAAGAUUCAUCAUGUUUUCCGAGAAGCUAAUAAGUGUGCCCACUUGCUAGCUAUGGAAGGGAGCUAUGGAAGGGAAGAAACUAUUGAAGGGAGAGGUUGUUUUCCAUGA